AUGUUCAUUGGAGGACUUAAUUGGGAAACGACAGAUCAAUCACUCCAUGACUACUUCUCACAGUUCGGCGAAGUCCAAGAAUGCACCGUCAUGCGAGACAGCGCAACGGGCCGCUCACGAGGCUUUGGAUUUUUGACCUUCAAGGACCCCAAGACAGUCAAUACCGUGAUGGUCAAGGAACAUUUCCUGGAUGGCAAGAUUAUCGACCCCAAGCGAGCGAUCCCACGAGACGAGCAGGAAAAGACGGCCAAAAUAUUUGUGGGAGGAGUCAGUCAAGAUGCAACGGAAGAAGACUUUGAAAGCUUUUUCGCCCAAUUUGGGCGGGUUAUCGAUGCUACGCUCAUGAUGGACAAGGACACCGGCCGACCCCGAGGCUUCGGUUUCGUAACCUUUGACAGUGAUGCCGCCGUAGAGAAAUGCCUGCAAUACCACCCCCUCGAGAUCCUCGGAAAGCCCAUCGAGGUCAAGCGUGCACAACCCCGAGGCAAGAUGGGCGAGGAUGAUGAUUACGGUCGCGGCAGAGGAAGAGGCAAGUUCGGACGCGAUGACCGCUUCAACAAUGACAACACCCAGGCCCAGCAAAACUCGCAAGCCCAGGCUCCCAACAUGAUGGGCGGCACCACCGGAAUGACCCCACAGAUGAUGGCACAGUAUUGGCAAAGAAUGCAGCAAUACUUUGCAAUGAUGCAACAGCAGAUGGCGGCUAACAUGAUGGGCAAUAUGGGCGGUAUGGGAAAUAUGGGUAUGAAUCCGCAGAUGAUGGCGCAAAUGCAGAUGCAGCAACAAAUGCAGAAGAUGCAAGGAGCAAACAGCCCCAACGCCCAGAAUGCCGGUGGCAUGGGCAACAUGCAAGGCAUGUCCCCCCAAAUGAUGCAGCAGAUGAUGCAGAUGCAACAGGGUGGGAUGAACAUGGGAUCAAACCGACCACCAAUGGGCCCCGGCAAUAUGGGCGGCCCGCGUGGGAGCUUUUCAGCCCAAGAGCAGCUGGCAUUUGAACAGCAGAAAUAUGAGCAACAGCAGCAGGUCCGUCGCCCGGGAGGUUUCCCGCAAGGCCCACGAGGCGGUGGUAGCUUCCAAAACCAAGGCCACAAUCAUGGAGGCGGUCCACAGUCAUGGGAAGGCAUGUACGACGAUGUUCCACAGCCUGAAGGCAACACUGGUGGUAGAGGUUCAGCAGGGCCCGUUCGACAGCAUACACCAAAACCACCCAAGGGUCCCGGUGGCCCAUCGCAGCCGAGCGCAGCUCCAGCCAAUGCUCCCACUGGUCCCAAGAAUGCCGGCAAGCCAGGAGCAAAUUUUAGGGGAGGAAGGGGGCGGUACCAUCCAUAUGGGAGAUGA